AUGGCACCAUGUUUACGGGCAGUCUCUCAGUUGGUGCUGCUGGUCCUCUUCUCCUGUGUUCCGAUGCUGCCUGUACAGUGCCUGUGUGGUUCUAACCUGCUGUGUGGAGAAAUAGGUUUCUUUGACCCCACAUCAAACAGCUGGGACAGGAAAAUGAGGCAGAGGAAUACCUCUGUGAUGGCCAGUGAGAUGAAGGUGAGGAGAGGCAUCAUUGAGCAGUGCUGUCACAAGCCCUGCAGCAUCUAUGACCUCCAAAACUACUGCAACUGA